GUAUACAUAACGGUUCGUACCAUCUCCAAUAACCAAGUUCGAGUGUGAGCACUGAACACCGUCAGAGUCUGAUAACGUGUAAAAAAGCAUACACCUCUUCUGACCAAUUCACCCAUCGUUGCCGCUCGGUUAGCACAAUAUCGAUCAAUUUACCUUUGCACAGUAGUCUCUCGAUUAUAGUGAAUAGGACUGUGUUCGACAAUUUUGUUUUUUUCCGUGAGUGAUGAUUAAUUUUAAUUUUUAAUACGCGAAUUUAAGUUUCAUAUUUCUGAAGAACGUCAAGACAGUCCCGGACAAUUUCGGUAUAGAUUGAAAAUAUUUUUUUUCAAAAAUGACUGAAACACAAUCUAGUAUCCAAGAGUUUUUUAAAAAUAAAUCUGUCUUUGUCACCGGAGGUACAGGCUUUCUUGGUAAACUAAUCAUCAACAAAUUGAUUAGAUCAUGUCCUCAGAUUAAACAUAUAUAUUUACUAGUAAGGGACAAAAAGGGAAAAAAUGCGCAAGAAAGAUUAGAAGAUAUGUUCAAUACGCCGAUAUUCAAAGAUAUCGACGCAUCAAGAUUAAAAAAAAUUAGUGCACUUAGAGGUGACUGUAGCCAAGCAGAUUUAGGACUAUCUAUUGAAGACCUGAAUACGUUAAUUAAAGAGGUAAAUGUCAUAUUUCAUAGUGCAGCCACGGUUCGAUUUGAUGAACGCCUUGAUAUAGCAAUCGGAAUAAACGUAAUCGGCGCUAGAGAAGUAGUUAAACUUGCUCAAAAACUUGAAGAUCUUGUGUCGUAUUUGCAUGUCUCGACGGCUUUCUCCAACUGCCAUAAUAAACGUAUUGAAGAAAAGUUUUAUAACCUACCAUAUAACUAUGAAAAACUUAUACAUCUUUAUAAAACAAAAAGUUCAAAUAUACUUGAAAAAAUGAAACCUUUUCUAUUGGGACCUAUGCCAAACACUUACGUUAUGACAAAAGCAGCUGCCGAACAAUUGAUCAAGCGCGAAGCAAAAGGUCUUCCUAUCACGAUAGUCCGUCCAGCAAUCGUGACGGCGACUGCCAACGAACCUCUGCCGGGUUGGAUUGACAAUUUGUAUGGGCCUACAGGUAUCGUGACUGGCGUGAUGACAGGAAUAAUAAAAUCUAUACCAUGUGACAUAAAUGCCGUCACGGAUUUAGUUCCGGCCGAUAUGACUGUGAAUGCCCUAAUAGCCGCGUCCUGGGACACAAGCAUCAGACAUCGGCAUACCAAGAUGAGCGAAUUGGUCGAAAAACAUACGGAGGACCCCCGCAUCUACAAUUUCGUGUCGUCACCCGAAAACCCAUUGACUUGGAGGAUAUUUUCAACGACCCUGAUGUACUACAUCUUACACCGGCCCACGGCCAAAGCUAUGUGGUAUCCGACGUUAAUAAUGAACGCGUCGAUGUUUUUACACAAGAUCACGGUGCUAAUAUUGCAUUAUCUACCCGCGUUCCUAUUGGAUUUAGUAUUUAUCUGUACGGGAAAUAAACUCAGAUUGGUCGAUCAAUACAAAAAAAUAGGAAGAUUCACUGAUAUACUGGAAUACUUUUCUACAAGAGAAUGGGUUUUUUGUAAUAAAAACGUACAAGUUUUAUGGAACAGCUUAAACAAAGACGAUAAAACGUUGUUUCCAUUCGAUAUCAAACAAAUGCAUUGGGAAGAGUACUUGGAUACGUACCACAAAGGGAUAAUGACAUUUUUGCUCAAAGAAGGACUGGACAAGUUACCGGAGGCAAAGAAACGUCUUCACAAUUUAUAUAUCUGUCAUAUGAUCUUCAAAGGUGCUGUUUACAUAGGAAUCGUGAUGUUAAUAUGGGUGAUAUUAAAAAGAAUGCUUUUAGCUUAAUGGUGACUUACAUGGGUGUAUUAUUACAUGACUACAAGUAAGCUUGGAUUCAAUUUUAAUCACAUUAAACAUAUAGCUACCAUGAAGUACAAGAUUCCGUAAAUAUGUUUUACAAUUUGUUAUCCUUUUUGACCAAUCAAACAAAUCAUUACCUAUUUUAUUUUGUGUACCAUAAUUUAUUGUCAUAUUUUUAUUUAGAAUAU